AGUCCCAGAGUUCAGUGCGAGGCGGAGCGUGAUCUACGCGUGUAGACAGACUAUGGCGUAGUACAGCAAUAUGUGACAGAGUAGCAUCAGAGAAACAUCUCCGGACAGACGCAUCUGCGCACUAUAAUCUGCUGUUGGUGACGGCAGGGCGAGGAAUAAGGAUGGGGUCCCGAAUCAAGGAGAGGCCAGAGUCCACUUUUGAGGCAUAUCUGGAGGUAGCCCAUCCAGGCAGACACAGCUCUGGGCCGGAGGUACGAAGGCAAUUCCCUGAAGACUACACAGACCAGGAAACUCUUCAGACUGUGCCUAAGUUCUGCUUCCCCUUCAGCAUGGACAGCUUGACGGUCAACCAGGUCGGCCAGAACUUCACAUUUGUGUUGACUGACAUUGAGAGCAAACAGAGAUUUGGCUUCUGUCGCUUGUCCUCAGGUGCACACACCUGCUACUGCAUUCUCAGCUACCUGCCUUGGUUUGAAGUCUUCUACAAGCUACUUAAUAUCCUUGCAGAUUACACUAUCAAAGGCCAGGAAAGCCAAUGGCAAGAACUCCUGUUAUCACUUCGUGCUCUCCCCAUCCCUGAGCCUGGGGUACCUGUUCAUCUUGGUGUGCAUUCCUUCUUUAGUGUGCCUGACACAAGGGAACUACCCAGCAUACCUGAGAAUAGAAACCUAACAGAGUACUUUGUAGCAGUAGAUGUCAAUAACAUGCUUCAUCUGUACGCUAGUAUGCUUUAUGAACGUCGAAUCCUCAUCUGCUGUAGCAAACUAAGCACUUUAACAGCUUGUGUCCAUGGGUCUGCAGCCAUGCUAUAUCCAAUGCACUGGCAACAUGUUUACAUUCCUGUCCUGCCUCAACAUCUAUUAGACUACUGUUGUGCCCCAAUGCCCUACCUUAUCGGAGUACAUUCCAGCCUGAUGGAGAGAGUGCGAGGGAUGGCUCUGGAUGAUGUAGUGGUCCUGAAUGUGGACACAAACACCCUGGAAACCCCCUAUGAUGAUCUCCAAAGUCUGCCCAGUGAUGUGGUAUCAUCUUUAAAAAGUCGUUUGAAGAAGGUUUCAACAACAACAGGGGACGGUGUGGCUCGAGCCUUCCUCAAGAGUCAGGCGGCUCUAUUUGGCAGCUACAGAAAUGCUCUGCAGAUUGAGUCGGGAGAGCCAAUAACAUUUAAUGAAGAAUCCUUUGUGAAUCAUCGUUCCAGUGCCAUGAGACAGUUUCUCCAGAAUGCCAUUCAGCUGCAGCUCUUCAAACAGUUCAUUGAUGACCGUCUUGACCUAUUGAACUCAGGAGAAGGUUUCAGUGACAUCUUUGAGGAGGAGAUCAACAUGGGUGAAUACGCAGGCAGUGACAAGACCUACCACCAGUGGCUGUUCACUGUGAAGAGAGGGGGCGGGGCUAUCUUCAACACAGUGAAGACCAAGGCAAACCCGGCCAUGAAGACCGUUUACAAGUUUGCUAAGGACCAUGCAAAAAUGCGUAUUAAGGAAGUCAAGAGCCGGCUAAAACAGAAGGAGCAGGCAGAAAAUGGCUUCUCUACAGGAGCAUCAGCAGUCAUCGAUGAUGACAGCACAGCAGGGGUUACCUCUUCCACCAGUGCGGUCAGGAGGGAAGGGCCACAGCGAACCUGGGAUGACCACAGGCCAAUCACUGUGCACUUUGGACAGGCUCGGCAACCUAUGUUGUUGAAAAGACCAAGCAGCAAUGUGAGUCUGGAAAGCAACAUUGACCACUCUAUCCGCCCUACUCGUCACUACACAGUCUUUCUCUCUGAGGAUUCAUCCGGAGAUGAGCUCCAGUAUGAAGAUGACUCCAUCUCUGGGUUUCCUGACAACUUUCUCUUCUCCGUCCCUUUUGAGUGGUCACCUCUGCCACAGCCAUACCGCUCCCUGAAGGAGGUUGAGUUGAUAGAAGGGGAUGAUCCUAGUUUUGGGGCAGAGAGUCACACUGCCCCUCCCAGCCCAGUCAAUGAGAAAUUCUCCAAUGUCAACCUGCUCAGCGAUAUCUUCGGCUGCCAGGACGAGCCUGACAGCCAGUCAGUCACCUUGGCUAAAAGUCUCGAGGACCUGAGGACUCCCAAAGACCCUGGGGAGCUACAAGCCAAGUUUACCUACCAGCGGAUGGACCUGAGUGUCAGUGAACACUCGCGAACACUUCCAGGCCUCAAGCUCUCCAACCCUUACAACAAGCUGUGGAGUAUAGGUCAGGAUGAAAUAGCCUUGCCUGUUUGUGCGCCUCCUACCUGUGAUAGACCGCCAUCUGUCCAACUUCCUGUGCAGACAGAAUCCAACUCCCCAAGUUGUGAAGGCUCUGGCAUGGGCCCCGACCCUUUGGAGCCUUCCACCCCCGGCAACAUCACCAUUCCACGUCCCCACGGAAGAAAGACGCCUGAACUUGGUACUGUCCUAGCAGCCCCUGUAGCCCAGUCACGCUCUAAAGCUGCAGGAACUGGUGAAGGAAGGACUACGUCAGGGGGACAAGAGUUUAGGCAAGCACUGAGCAUGACCACAGAUGGAGACCUGCUGAAGCCCACUAAGGUAGCUGAGGACAGUAUAGAUCUGAUAAGCCUUCUAGAUCCCCUUAACAGCUCAGCAAAGACCAGUUCCACUUCACUAAAUGACGGGGUAGAUAUUGGUAUGUCGUCAUCUUCCUGCAAACCAAAACUACCACCCAGGUCUUACCCACAGGGCUUGCCCCCUUUCCCAGUGCAUCCUCACAUAUCACUUAAUCCUUUUGCCCAGUCUCUGCAGCACACCUCCCCUCAAAUGCGUUAUUCGCUGACUGUAAGUGGGAAUCCCUUCAGUGCAGUCUGUGGGCCUCCACCAGUCUCUUACUUACACACUCCACCCCAGCCACAAUCCUUUUCUACAUUACCUGGGCUCUACAGACAGCAUUCGCCAGGCAGUUCAACUCUGCCACCCAGCUAUGGACUGCUCCAGUCAGCCUUUCCCUCCUCAUUCACCUCCCUGCCUAACUCUUCUGCAAGCAAUCAUGCCCUUUCCAGCCUGGCGGACUCCCUGUCUGUUCCCAGUACAGCCACGAACAUGCUGGCAGAGCCACUUCAUGCUGAGGGAGACAGCCAGAAGACUCAGGAUCCUUUUGGGGACCUGCUGACUAUGGUCAAGCCAGCUACACCCCAAAAAAAGAAGGUGGAGGACCUUCGGCGGAGGUGGGAAACAUUUGACUAAAACCUUUGAAGGUGUGUUGAGGUGCUCUUCUGUCACUACUCAAACUUCCUUCGCUAUUGUAUCAGGCCUUCUAUUGCAGUUACUGACACAUUAGCUCUAAUACACUCUGUUUUGCUACUGCAGCUCACAGUCAUAGAAGAAUAUUGGCUUAAACUAACAUUAAAGAUAUGCUGAGAAAUUUUACUUGAGAGUUCUGUAAGAAUUUUCCUAAUCCUCUAUUCCAAGAUGAUGAAUGAAUUUGUUUUCUAUGUGUUUUGAAACAAUGCUGAGGAAUGAAAAAAAAAGUAGUGCGUAAAUUAUUUCCCCUACAAACUAACAUUAAACGUACUUUCAGGCAGUAAGUUGUUUUUGCUAACUAAAUUAGUGGCAGCAGUGGCAAGGAGGGACAGAGUGUAUGCAGCUUUCAUGAACAUGUAUGGUUCUUUGCCAAUGCUGGGUUGAUGGUGACUGAACUUUUUUCAUCUUUCUGCUGAAGCGCACUGGCUACCAGAGAAACCACACAGAGGAAAACAAAGUCGGAGAUCAUUUCACUAGGAUCUGAGUUCCCUGAACAAUGCACCUCUUCAGCAGCAGUGAACAUAGUUUAAAGGGCCAGUUAAACUUGCUAUGUUAAUUGUUUAAUAUUGCUAACCAUUUCCUCGGCUUAAAGCUAAAACCUUCUCUUUUUCAUUAUUUGAUGAGACUAGAGGAGGUGGAUAGCAGGAACCUGUAGCAUAUGGUACAUGUUGUAACUGUGUUCGCACUCAGGCAGUAGUCGCUAUGUCAGAGUUACACCCUGCUGCCUUUCAUCUGAAAUAUAUAAGUUAUGUUGCUGUGUGGCAGACGCAGUGGCAACUGCUUUCUGUCUUAUAGUUCUUAUACUUAUAUACUAAGAUUUUCAUUAUACCAUUACCUCACACUUUGAUUCUCUUGAUGGUCAGUAAUUUUUGAGCAACAGCCUUUGAAUGUAUUUGCAUUCUUUAAUUACCUAAGUAGUAUUUUUCAUUGUUAUUGGGGGAGUCCUCCUGUCCUAUGUGGGAUUCACAUUGUGUACCAAGACAAAAGGGAUUCACAGGAAACUGUGCAUGCACUGGGUAUGAUGUAAAAGACAACAAUGGAACAUCACUGUUUUACUGUAUCAAACAAAAUUGUUGACUGACUUCUUUGUUAAAAUGCGAUAUAAUGAAUAUUCUCAGCACACAGUCUGUUGGGCUACAUUGUAAACAGAUACAACAGCUGCUCUUCUGUUGAAUUUCUGACAGAGUGGUUGUUCAAAGUGUAUUUGUUUCCCCCAGUGGUUGACACAGGUGCAAUCUCAUACAGAACUCUGGGCACUAUAUUAUUAAAGAACACUAGGUCAAAACCUAGUAUAUGGCUCUGAUCGCCCUUUAUUUGUUUGCUUCUCUCCUACUCUCGUUGCUCACAUAUACAGUAAUUUAAUUCAGCCGAAUUCCCAAUAAAGCUCUUCUUAUUUACAUGUUUUUCUGUUUCUGUUGUCAGAAAACGGAAGUAUAAAAAAGUGAUUGAAACAUGGCCUAUUUACUACGUGUUAACCAGCAGUCAGUUCCAAACCAUUUCCAAGCUGCUGCUCUGCACUGCUAAAAGCCUGAUUUGUAACCGUGACUUCAUCUGACAAAAUCACCCUACACAUCAGUUAAAGACAAGGGCUGUGAUGCGAUUUCUGCUAUAUUUACUUGUAAAAUGAUCACUCAGACAGAAAGUUUGAAGCUCAAUUGAAUGAGACGCAAAGAGAGGUGUGCGAUCCGGAGGGAAAGUCUGAUCUCGCGCUCGUGGGUUAAUACUGACGACUCUCUUCUGGGAAAGUAGCUAAGGUUUGUCCAGGAAGUCACUAGAUUUGUUGCUAGGUGCUUUGUGAAGAAAAGCUACUAAAGAGGUGUGAAAACUCACUAAUGGUGUAACUUUAUCACUCACUCACUCACUCACUCACCCACCCAGUCAGUCAUCCAUAUUCGCAUUUAUAGGGCUGGCCCCGCUGAUGCGGUCCAGCCAAACACACUUGCCAUUACCCCUAGCAAACACAGGUGUCACCUAAUCAACCAGUACUGAGAUCUUAAGAAAUAUAACAUAAAAUGGCUUUUAUUCCCAAAACACAGUUUGUAAGUGGUAUACUCAGAUAUGAUGAACAGUCUUACUGUCAGUAUUACUGUGAUUUAUCACUUUUGUUCAAGACUGUAAUGACAUGAUUUUCUUCUACUACUUCUUGAAUAUUGUGAAUAUAGAGAACAAAUUGGCAAAGGAAUCAGAGAUGAUGUAUCAUUGACUGCAACAGAAGGUCCUUGUCUUGUGGGUAGGAAAGGUCAUGGUUGAAAGGCCACACGCACAUUCACACAGACCUCCCCUCCCCAUUACCAUCCCCAUUACCAUCAGCUCUGCUGAUGACAAACUGUGUGUCUGGUGAACAAAUGGAGUGCAUUAACUGUUUCAUCAGCCCACAACACUUGGACUCAGCUUCACCUGUCUAAGGAUCAUCUGAAGAUGGAUAUUUUGUGUUGUCUUAUUUUCCCACCAUUCUACUAAGGAAACUGCACACAAAGCCGGCCUUGCUUCAGGAUGUUCAGAUGCCAACAGUUCUCAUCCUGUCGCCACUUACUAACAAAUUGAUAACACAAUUCUUUGCACAGCACCCUGUCAUGUCAUCUGUCGUUAGUGCCACCACAUUAGCAUAGUGCUCAGUAUAGAUCCGUAUAGAUUUGUGACUUAAAAAUAGCACGCAGUAUUUCCUAAGAGAAGAUAUACUGUAUGUCACACUCACAACAGCAUAUGUCUUAAUGAUGUCAACUUCUACGAUUAGCUUGUCUUAUUACUAGUAGCUAGUCCGCUAUAGCCAAUUAACAUCCUAAUGACAUUAUAGUACUGCUACAAAAUUUGGUGCAUCUCAUGCAUUUAGUUCACCUAUUGAUUUAGUUCACCUUUUGAUGCAUUUAAUUCACCUAUUGAUCUUUUUGGUAGCUUCAUGCACAGUGCUGUUGUUUCUUCUUUUGUUUCUUUGGCCUUCAUGAUUGCCUUCUCUCACUGACCUGUAAAAUGUCUUGCCUCCUACUGUUUUUAAAAAGAAACAUUUUAAGAAAACCUGCAAGCGUACAAUAGACUGUAAUGUCCCUAAAAUGAUUUUAAACAUUUCUUUCUAAUUAAAUAAUUGGGGACUUUGAAACACUUUAAUGUAUAUUCUGUUGUUUUAACUGAUAAAGUUAGGUCCAUAAGUAUUUAGAC